GCGGUAGUGUGGUAGUGCCGGGAGCGCCGGGCCGGGCCGGGCCGGGAGAGCCGCGCCGCCGGCCGGGGAUGCUGCGGGGCCGCGGGCCGCGCCCGUAGCGAACCGGGCCGGGCCGAGCCAGGGAUGCAGGGCAAGGGCAAACUGCUGGUGGUCCACAACGGUCGCAUGGGCCCGGCCGUGUCGGAUGGAGAGUUAAAUGCCUCCCGGGCCCGUGGCAGCAACCACAGUGUGAACAGCCUGCCAGGCCCACCGGCCACGUGUGGAUCCACACAGGGCUCUGUGGUCAGCUGGGCCGAAUCCUUCGAGACGCUGCUGCAGGACCGUGUGGCUGUCACCUACUUCACUGAGUUCCUCAAGAAGGAGUUCAGUGCUGAAAACGUCUACUUUUGGCAGGCAUGUGAGCGCUUCCAGCAGAUCCCAGCCAGUGACACACAGCAGCUGGCCCAGGAGGCACGGCGGAUCUACGAUGAGUUCCUCUCCAGCCACUCGGUCAGUCCUGUGAACAUUGACAAGCAGGCCUGGAUUGGGGAGGACAUGCUGGCCACCCCCUCCCCAGACAUGUUUCGCAUCCAGCAGCUCCAGAUCUUCAACCUGAUGAAGUUUGACAGCUACACACGUUUUGUGAAAUCCCCGCUCUACCAGGCCUGCCUGCAGGCAGAGAGCCAGGGACAGCCCCUGCCUGACCUGCGGCCCCACUCCCGCAGCAGCAGCCCCCCUCCUGACCUCAGCAAGAAGUCGAAGCUGAAGCUGGGCAAGUCCCUGCCACUGGGCGUGGAGACAGCGGGCAGUGGUGCCAACCGCAGCCCUCACCGGUCCUUCAGGAAGGGAGAGCGGCGGGAGCCGUCCUGGGCAGAGGGGGGAGAAGGCAGCAGAAGUGCCAUGCCGUGGAGGGAGUCCCAGGGCUCACUCAACUCCUCAGCCAGCCUGGACCUGGGCUUCUUGUCCUCAGCCAGCACGGCCACCAGCACCUGGACGGAGGGCCAACAGAAGAGCCUGGGGGGCAGCGAGGCAGAGCUGCCAGCCAAGCCCAUGAAGUACUGCUGUGUGUACCUGCCCGAUGGCACGGCCUCGCUGGCCUCUGUCCGGCCCGGCCACUCCAUCCGGGACAUGCUGGCAGGGAUAUGUGAGAAACGCGGCUUCAGCCUCCCCGACAUCAAGGUUUUCCUGGUGGGGAAUGAGCAGAAAGCGUUGGUGCUGGACCAGGAGUGCUCUGUGUUGGCAGACCAGGAGGUGAAGCUGGAGAACAGGAUAAGCUUUGACCUGGAAAUCUCCUCCCUCAACAAGACCAUCCGCAUCACAGCCAAGUCAACCAAGCGCAUCCGGGAAGCGCUGCAGCCGGUGCUGGGGAAGUACGGCGUGAGCGUGGAGCAGGCGCUGCUGCGGAGGGUGAGGCUCCAGCCUCGGCAGGCACAGACAGCCCCCGUGCUUUGUGGGGAGCUCUGUGUUUGGGGAGCAGUGCAAGGUGAGCCAGCCACCCUGGACUUGGAGAAGCUGGUCAGCACAGUGUCUGCUCAGAAACUUGUCUUGGAAACACCAGCAGAUGUGCGAGUGAUGGGGAGCGCUGAGGCUGCAGCUGCCCCCUCUCUGCUCCGGAGUGAGGAGGGAAGCCCAACAGAAGCAGAGCCCGACACACGGUGGGAGGUGCCCUCCUCCUCCUCCAGGCCACAGUCUUCAGCUGCCAUGAACCUCAACCGCCGCACCUAUGACCUGGAAGGGCUGGUGGAGCUUCUGAACCGUGCCCAGAGCUGCCGGGCCAACGACCAGCGUGGGCUGCUCUCUAAGGAGGACCUGGUCCUGCCUGACUUCCUCCAGCUCCCCGUGCGGGACGACCGUGCCUGUGAGAGGUCGGAGCAGCCCAGUGCCCCUCAGGCUGGCUCCGAGGGAAGCAGCUGCCCUCAGGAAGAGCCUGCACUGACUCAGCCUUCGUUCGACCACAAGCUCUGAUGAGUCCUGCUGCACAUCCACACCCGGCGCGUGGCACCCCCAGGCCAUGCCGGGGUUCCACAGGGGCCCGACAGCCCCUGCCCUGCACCGCUGACACUGCCUGGACUGCAGAUUCAUCCAUGUCCUGUCCCAAACCGUCGUGUCGUGUCGCUGUGAGUGGCUGAGCAGCUGCCAUGCCCCUCUGUGGGGCCACAUCCCGGUGCACAUCAAGGGAGUCCUGUAGAUAGUUUGAACCCUCGUUGCAAAGCACUUUGCAACAUCCCGUGCAUGCCUGGCACUGUCCUGCCCAGUGCCUCUGCCUGCAGCAGAGCUGCCUGCCCAGCACAUCCUGCCUGUGUCAGGAUGACACAGCCCCACUGUUUGGGGUGGGGAAAGCUCCCUUCCAACUGAAGGGUGUGCAGGAUAGACAGGGUGGGUGGGGAGGAAAGGCAGGCUCCAGUCCUGAACUCCAGUGCUGUGGGCAGGCAGGGUCAGGAGAGCAUGUGCCUGGAGCUCAGAGCCAGAUCCAAUCCCUGGCCCCGUGGAAACAGGGCUGCCCCGUUGUUGAUUUGCAAGUCCACCCUUCCUGGGGAGGGUGAGCAUGGCCCAGCCGGGCUGUGCCCUGGGCAGGUUGUUAUGUUUGCAUUGUGUGAGUGUGGCCUGAUCCUGCCACAGUAGCACUACUUGAAGCAGUGGCUCCUGCCCUGGGCAGACAGAGGCAGAGCCAGCAGACGGUGCCAAAAAAGCCUUCCUCCUCCCCGCUGGAGAUCCUGCGUGGGUGGCUGCUGAGGGACACGCAGGAGUAAAUCCCCAUAUCCCCCCUGCCCCAUCCCCAUGGGGCUGUGGGUGCUCAGCCUUCCAGGACAGCUCUGCUUGAUGCCAGGAGAAUGCAGCACCCCUGGGUGCUGAGCACCUCAGCCUCUGGUGGUCAGGUCCCCAGCCCAGCCUGUCGUUCCUGCCAGUGGCUGUGCUGGGCUGUAGCCUUGAGCCUCGAUCUGCCAGUCCUGGCUGUGUGCUGCUGGUCCCCAUGCCCAACAGCCCAGUGGCCCCAGAGAUCCCAGACAGAAUCUCCAAUGGAGACAUUCCCCCAGCAGCAGCCAGGAGAUCCCUCCACAGACUAUACGUGCCAGAGUCCUUCUUGACUGUGCCUUGGGUAACCACUCCAUCACCACUGCCUGGCCAGAGGCAGAGGGGUGACCCAGGGCCCCCCAGGCUUGCCCAGAGGUAGGGCCACGGCCACCCAGCCCUAUGCUGCCACAGCCAGCUGCAGCCCUGUGGCCUUAGUCAGAGCCCCCCUGUGUCUCUGUGAUGCUGCUCAGUUCUGUCUGUGGUGUGGAACCAGGGGAAAUAAAGAGCAUUGCCUGG